CACGCGUGUCACACCCACAGACCGCUGCAGUCCGCCACCGGAGUCGGGGUCAGAGUCUGGUCCCUUUGCUCUUAAGUUCCGUAUAAAUGAGCAGGGGUGGUCCAGGGACUCGUCUUCUGUCUUCGUGCUGGGGCUCCUCGGGGAUUUCUGCGUUCUGCGCAUUACUUUCACUUUCUUACGCCCUGAAUCUGUGCGAGCGGUGCACGUUUGAAACGGAGGAUCAGGAAACAUCAUCAUCAUCAUCUUCCUCAUCAUCAGUCAUGGCCGCCAUCAGCAGCUCAAACACAGUGUUUUCUCUGGACCUGCUCCGGACCCUGAGCCAAGCGAACCCCAGCGGGAACAUCUUCGUCUCCCCGUUCAGCAUCAGCUCGGCCCUGGCCAUGGUUUACCUGGGAGCUAAGGGAGACACUGCUGCUCAGAUGGCUCAGGCCCUCUCGUUCAGUUCAGGUGAAGGCGUUCACGCUGACUUCCAGACGUUAAACGCCGACAUCAACUCCCCGUCUGCAUCGUACAUUCUGAAAGUAGCCAACAGACUUUACGGAGAACAAACCACCCACUUCCUGCCGGAAUUCUUGGAUGCUACGCAGAAGUACUACGAUGCCGACCUGAAGCCGGUUGAUUUCAUCGGGGCUUCGGAGACUUGCAGGGAGGAGAUCAACGCCUGGGUGGAGAACCAGACACAAAAUAAGAUAAAAGACCUUCUAAAGCCAGGAGCAGUGAACCCGAUGACUAGACUGGCUCUGGUCAACGCCAUCUACUUCAAAGGGAACUGGAAGAACCGCUUCAGUGCCGCCGACACCAAAGAGAUGCCCUUUAACGUGAACGGGGAUGAAACCAAGCCGGUCCAGAUGAUGUACCAGAUGAAGAAACUGCCCUACAACUACGUCCCUGAACACGGCCUUCAGAUCCUGGAGCUGCCGUACGUGGACGAGGAACUCAGCAUGUUCAUCCUGCUACCGGAAGACUCUGACAAAGGCACUGCGCCUCUGCUGAAGCUGGAGAAGGAGCUGACGCAGAGCAAGCUGGACGAGUGGACCGCCAGGGAAAACAUGGACACGCAGUCGGACGUCAUCGUUCACCUGCCGAAGUUCAAGCUGGAGGAGGACUACGAGCUGAACGAGCCUCUGGCGAAGCUGGGCAUGGCCGACGUGUUCUGCGGCGGGAAGGCCGACCUGACCGGCAUGAACAGCGAGGGGGGGCUCUUCCUGUCCACGGUGGCCCACAAGGCCUUCGUGGAGGUGAACGAGGAGGGCACGGAGGCGGCCGCCGCCACCGCCGGCAUGGUAUCGUUCUGCAUGCUGAGGGAGGAGCACUUCACGGCGGACCACCCCUUCCUCUUCUUCAUCAGGCACAACAAGACCAAGUCCAUCCUGUUCCUCGGCAGGUUCACGUCUCCUCAGUAGACGGAGCCGUCGGAGAAAUGAGGCGGGAACAGCUCGAUAAAAGAAGAAACGAUAGAUGGAAGAACUAUGCUGAUCAGCUGCAACAGUAAAACAAACCUGCUGCAAACAGCACCAAACCAACAUGAUGUUCAGAAAUAUCGUAAAGACCAGUGGUUUUAAUCUUGUGGCUGAUCUGUGUAUGUAUUUUCUGCUUUUGCACUGAAACAGUUGAUGUAAUUUACUCACACCAGUAUAGAAAAGCUUUGAUUAUUAUUCAUCCCAUUCUCAUUCCGUAUCUUCUUUGUGUUAAAUUUGACUCAAAGGAAGAAACAUAAAAAUGAAUUUAACUGAA